AUGCACGUCUGUGCUGGUCAGUGAAGGGAUAUUAGAGAGUGCAAAGCACGGACGGAAGUGUCUCACUCGUCUCUGGAUAGAACGUAGCGAGUUUGAGAGAGCGCUGUGCAACGGGAGUCGUCCGAAUUGUCCUCUCGCCUAAGGGUACGGAGACACACUGGCUGGUACGUGUGCAACCGCCCCUUUAUCCAUCGUCCUGCGGUUCUUGUCAGUCCUUCUCCACAGCUACUCGUCGUCCACCCGUAGAUCCGAACAUGUGUUGGUUUCUGCAACACAAGUUCAUCUAUAGGUAGACGACGUGGCUAGCGCCUUUUUCCUUUUUCGUAGGUCCUUCUCCUUUCCCACACCCACGCGGAGUGUCGCUGAGGUAGUAGGUUGUAUAGUUAAGAGCUGUAUCUUUGGAGAACUAUGCAGCAUGCUACCUUGCCGGCUUUUCUGCGACCUUUUUAGUGGUGGGCGGCAGUUCAAUUCAAUAGGUGGUCCCAAACUUUCGAAUGAUAUGACUGAAGACUGGAUUUCUGAAGGUAAACAAUAAUAUUUGAGUCUGAUUCCAAUUUCUCAAAAAAAACUUUUGGGAAAAAUGCUAAAACUCGGAAACUUUACUUCAUUAUGGAAAAAUUUAUGAAAAACAAUAUUGACUGUUGCCAUCUUCACAAUACCUUAUUCUUAUCUUUUUCCACUUUGGCUGCCGUUUUUUGUUGUUGGUCGUUAAUAAACAUUUGAAUUCAAUUUGUUAUGUUGACUCAAGCAUGGAAAGAAAAAAAUUGAAACAAUCAAAAUCAACAUAAGCUUUUUUUAAAUUUUUUUAUCGAGUUCUGCAAAGAUACGCAUCUUAUCUGCAUGGCAAAAAAAUUAUCGAAAAAAAAUUUUUUUGAAGUUAUGCCUAGGAAAAAAAUUUUGUUAAAAAAACCUUUUAAACUUACAAAGGUUUCGAAUUUAUAUGAAAUAUAAUAUGAAAUUCAUCUUUAUUGGACAUUAUUUUAUGGUUUAAUCAAAAUUUGCUUUUAUAAAAGCGUUGAAAGAUAUAUUCAGACAAUUGACAGAAGAAAUAAUUAAGCGUUUAUUAUCGGUUUCAUUUCUCAGAUUGUGGGGAGUGAAAUUUGAUAGUUAGUGUAAAACAGUAUCUUUCUUAAAAGAAUCUUAAAAAUUGGAUAAUUUAGAGCUAAAUCUUUUUAACUUUUUUUCAAGAUAACAAGAAAAAGUAAGUUUUUUUCUUUAAAGUUUCACGUACAGCUUGUUUGAGCUCUGGAACAGUAAUUCUAUUCGUUGCUAGCUUGAAAUAUAAGUACUAAAAACGUAUAAACCUUUGAUGUUUGCGCAAUUUAUCGCUCAUAAGGUAAAAAACCUUAUCACUAUUAUCUAAAGCCAACAAUUAACUCACAAUAUAUUACCCGUUUAGGCUGAAUUUGUGGAAAGAAUUUUCUCGCAAAUUAUCAGCGAACUCGAGCAAGUUAUGACAACGAUUGUCUUAUCACAUUACGCACGUGGAAUUACAAUGUUGCUGCCUUGAAACCAAAGAAAACGACGGGCGAUAAGCGACGGGACAAGUCGAGUCGGUGGCAAAACGUUGCUUACUUGAAUAAAAAAGGCGGAGUCUGGCAGCCUUGGGCAGAAUCAGCUCACUCUGCCGCUCUCUUCUAGCUCCUUUCGACUUGCUCCCAAAAUGGCCGAAGAUUACCGCGUCUAUCCCAAGCGUUGGCUCUACCUCUUCGUCGCCUGUCUUGUCAACUUCUCCAACGGGAAUGUCAGUUUCUUUGUGCAAUUUUUCCCUCAUCUCUGUCAAUGGCGAUCAUCCACAUUAGCAACUUUUAAACCUUUGAAGAAGUUGCCAGCCUCUUUUAAUUGAAUUAUGUUGAGUUCCAAAAAGUUUCAGGUUUUUUCGAGUUGACUCGAACGUUAAUACAAUGUGUAGAAUGAUUAAAUUCUGCAAGUUCAAAAAGGAGUUCACACUCUGCCAUCUUUACAGCUAAUAAGGCUGAUAAUAAUCGUUGAUUGUAUGAGGCUCAACAGAAAUUCAACGUUAUAUUCGAAAAUUUUCAUUUUUUUCAUUCGAAAAACCAUUUUCACAAAAGGUUAAAGUUGUUAAUCAUUUUUUUUAGACCCAUCUUACAAUGCUCUCAAAAAUAUCCAACAAAUCCUAAAUUAUUAUCCUAAAGUUUCUAAAUCCUAAAGUUCAAACUUUUCAGACAUGGAUUACAUAUGCAGCCAUCACAUUUUACACAAACGACUAUUAUAAUAAUAACAACGCGGCACUUCUUUUCAAUGUAAUUUUCAUGGUGCUUUCAAUUCCCGUUGGGUUUUUGGCUUGUUGGUGGAUUGACAAGUUCGGACUCCGAUCUGCGGUUCGCACGAGAAAUUUUCGAAUGGAAUCAAAAGCUAAAUUUCAGUAUCAUAUUGGAGCUUGGGCUAAUUUCAUCGGAAACGUUGUGCGUCUUGUGGGCUCCGGGACGUUUAUCGAUCCCGCCUGGAGGUUUUUUACCUGUUGCAAACGUUUUCAAAAAGAAAGAAAAAAUUUUGAAAAAUGAGUGUCGCAUUGGAAAAAAUAAAGUAUUUUUUGCGUAAAGCUCAUUCAGGAAUUCAAUCUAUAAAAGGAUUUUUUUCUGUUCAAUUUCUCUUCGACGAGAAAAAUUUUUAUUCCGAAUUUUUAUUCAACUGAGAAAUUUUUUUCAUUGAACGUGAAAAAAAGGUCUGAAAACAACUUUACCGGAAAAAAACUUCAUUUUGCGCCAUUUAUUUUUUUAAAUGAAAGAAUUUAUUAAAAUUUUUUUGAAUUUUUUUCUUUGUUCACAUUAAGGAGUUCUCAAAAAAAUUUUUAAAUUUUUUAUCAAUCAGAAAGUAAAAAAAUCACUUCGUGAUAAGAAAAUUGUUUUCCUUUGGUCAUCAAAAAAAGAGUGAUCGAGAGAUUUCAAGAAGGCGAAAUCGUCUGAUAAUUUUUCACGCUCUCACAAAAAAAAAAGUAACUUUCGACAAACUGGUGAAUUCGCAACAUUGAAAUGGGGCAAAGAAGUGAAAAAGUGAAGCGAUCAAAUCAUCAAACAGUUGGUUUCAGGUUUCCAAUCGCUUUUGCUGGUCAGACAAUCGCAGCGGUUGCACAGCCGUUUGUAAUGUUCCUGCCGACAAAACUGGCCGCCUACUGGUUUGCCGAAGAUGAGAGAGGAAUCGCCAACACGUUGGCAUCCAUGUCGAAUCCUAUCGGCAUCGCCGCCAUGUACUCUUUGGCGCCGGUGUUCAUCAACAAUUCUACGCCUGACAACUUUUUCAACAUGGUCAGCGUUGAAUAUGGCUUUAAAAGGAUUCAAGCAAAAGUGAGAUUGAAGAAAUGGUAAGUGAGCUGCAGAUCGAGAUUAUAACAACUUCAUGAGUCCUAAAAAAAUGGUCAUAAAUUCUUUAAAAUGAAAACCAAGAGAGAUCAAGGAAAAGUGAGCUAACAUUCCUCUGUGUAAGGGACAAACGUUCUUUUUCUGAUUUUGAAUAACCUUAUUCCAACUUAUUUCCUCCAACGAGGCUUUGAAGCAGCUCAAGAAAAAAAAAAGCGCAAAAGACCAGGGGUCGGUGAUUAUCGUGUCAGAUCAGCGGAAGUGGUUAUAAUCUUUCACUGAUAAAUAUAAUACUUUAUUUUGGAAUGUGAUCUGUUUGAUGUCUGAUUACAGAACAUCGCUAUAACGGCUCUCGCCACUCUCACAGUACUUUUCACAUUCUUUCUGACGACGUCAAAGCCGCCGACGCCGGCGUCACCAUCCAGAGACGAUGAUGUGAUCGCCCCGCCCUUCUUUCAAGGAGUUAAAAUGUGCUUUCGCUCGAAAACUUUCAUCAUUCUGGCCAUAUGUCUUGGUUAGUCUUUGAUGACAGAUUAAAACAUAUACUAAAGUUUGAACACGCCACGCAAAGUUUUGAAUUUCUAUCAGUAAGAAAUAAAAUCGGGAACAGAACAGAUUUUCUAUCCAUAUUUCAUGAACUAAAUAGAAAGCGGCCGUUGAUUGUUCUGUCACAGUUCGCAUAAUCAUCGUAUUACUGUUAUUUCUCUGCGAAAUUUAUUUCAACAUUCAUAUGAAAAAAAAACCAAAGCGCACUCUUUUGAAAUUUCAGAAAUUAACGGAUUUGACAUGAAACGGCAGUCAACUUCACUAUUACCGAUAUUUUUCGAUUUCAUGCAAAAAACAUUGAAAUGUUUUAUCUGAAAUGUAAAUAUUGCACAGAGAUUUUGAGUUCUGAAACAGUACCAUUAAAAAAAUCCUGCAUAAAAGUGAAACUUUUUAUUAAAACUUUUUAUUUUUAAAGUUCACAGGAUUGAGAAAUUCCAGGCGGCGGAGUCGGACUUUUCAAUGCUCUGUACAAUAACCUGCAGCCGGCUCUGUGUGUCAAAGGCUAUUCGCCAACUUUCAACGGCGGAAUGGGCUCUCUGCUAAUUAUGAGCGGCUUGGUGGGGGCUGCAAUUACUGGCAUCAUUGUCGACAAAUGGGGACAGUUUGAGAAAGUUUGUCUCCUCUUUUUUUUCGGGAGUAUAAUCGUAUAACUCCAGGUGAUGAAGAUUUCUUUCUGUAUAGCCGGUGUGGCUGCAUCAUCUCUAACUAUUGUGAUAAACUAUUCCGGCGUUCAAUGGUGGGUGGUGCUGUCAAUCUUCAUCUUUGGAGCGGCUGGAUUUUCCAUUUAUCCCAUCGGCUUAGAAAUGGGAGUUGAAGCAACUUUCCCAGUUGCAGAAGCCACAUCCACCGGCCUCAUCAUCAUGAUCGGGUUCUGACUUUGAUUUUAAUCCAUAACUUCUCUCUCUCUCUCUCAAUUCAUUCAGACAAAUUCAAGGCGUUGUUUACGUGAUCCUUACAAAUUUGGCCACUGGAAAACCAACUCCUGCAGAUCUUGCCGUCCAGACAUGUGUGGACACGAAUCAAAACCUUAAAACCGUUUUUGACGUGGAAAUGUACGUUUCUUCAAGAAAAUGAAUUCUUUUCUUGAGAAAAAAAUGAUUAGAAUUUUUCAUAGAAAAGCAAAUUUCAGGGCCCUUUAUCAUUUGGCUCGGGUUCAUUUCCGUUCUGAUUGUGGUUUUUCGUUGUGCUGUUUUUGGCCGAAAUAUAAAAGGAGAAACUACGAGCAAGGAAGGAAGACUGAGGCGACAAGAGACACCGCCGAGACCAUGGAAUCCACUUACGAGUUGAAAAUGCACUUGUAA